AAAGCUUUUCAUACAUGGUACCGUCAACCAGCCGUGUAGCUGCCGUUCUUAACCCGCCAAAUUUGUAAAUGAGCCUGUAGCGAAAUCCAGACGUCGUACAGUAGCAGUCCGUUCGCGCACAAACUCCUGAAUCAGCAAGCUACCUGUAAUGAUGUAAGGACGCCAUAACUAGGUAGUUAAUGAAUAGCCUCAGCAACCUUUGCUCCCCUUUGGCAUUUCUCAACCAGGGAGCAAGAUGUUUUCGCAUCGUUAGCAAGAGGUCAGAUCAACAGGUGUGAGUGGAAGAUGAUUUUUCUGUUAAAACUCGAGAAAAAGACCGAACUACAAAACACAGCGGGACUGUGGAGGUCAGAGAGCGAAGACUCAGAGUAGUCUGGUGUCUCUGGCCACAUGGAGACGGCCAUGGUUCAGACCAAGACUUCAAGAGACAUACUGGCAGAUCAAGGCAGUCCCCUUCUCCAGGACUCCGACAUCUUGCCGUUCACCUCCUACCCCAGCAUGCAGUACCCACCCAUGGAGCCAAACAUGUCCGCCACUCCAUACUACUCCACUCAGAACUAUUACCCUCCGUACGGCGGGGACGAUUGGUACUCCCACAUGGGCUUGUAUGAACUGAGGAAGGGACCCCUGGAGGGCAGUUAUGGGGUGGAUAUGGAGGAGGGGUCUUCUGUUGUGCCGGCUGUGUGCAAGAGGAACCGGCACGUGAACCAGGCUGGGAGGAUCAAAGGGGAGGAACUGUGUGUGGUCUGUGGAGACAAGGCCUCUGGAUACCACUACAACGCUCUCACCUGUGAAGGAUGCAAAGGCUUCUUCAGACGCAGCAUAACAAAGAACGCCGUGUACAAAUGCAAGAGUGGCGGCAACUGUGAGAUGGACAUGUACAUGCGGCGGAAAUGCCAGGAGUGCAGGCUGAGAAAAUGCAAGGAGAUGGGCAUGCUGGCAGAGUGCCUGCUGACAGAGAUCCAGUGUAAAUCCAAAAGGCUACGCAAGAACACCAAGACCUCCCCGGGUCGGUCGACAGGAGACGAGACAGAGGGCGCAGACAGCGCCGACAACAAGCAGGUCACCUCAACCACCAGGCUGUCAAAGGAAAAGGUGGAAAUUACUAAAGAGCAAGAAACACUCAUGAAGCUCAUUCUAGAUGCUUACAACAAACAUCAAAUCCCCCAGGAUGUUACCAAAAAGCUGCUACAAGAACAAUACAGUACAGAGGAAAACUUUCUCCUCUUGACUGAAAUCGCAACAAGCCAAGUUCAGGUGUUGGUGGAGUUCACGAAGAAUAUUCCAGGGUUUCUGACUCUGGAUCAUGAAGAUCAGAUCGCUCUGCUGAAGGGUUCGGCUGUGGAGGCCAUGUUUCUGCGUUCGGCUCAAGUUUUCAGCAGGAAGAUGCCGAAAGGACACACCGAGGUUUUAGAAGAGAGGAUACGCAAAAGUGGUAUAUCGGAAGAAUUCAUCACGCCCUUGUUUAAUUUUUACAAAAGUGUUGGUGAACUCCAUAUGGUGCUGGAGGAACAGGCUCUCCUCACUGCAAUAACCAUCCUGACACCAGACCGGCCUUUUGUAAAGGACCAGCAGGCUGUGGAGCGACUGCAGGAGCCCAUGGUGGACCUGCUGAAGAAGCUGUGCCUUCUGCAGCAUCCGCAGGAGCCGCAGUACUUUGCUCGCCUCCUGGGGCGGCUGACGGAGCUGAGGACUCUCAACCACCACCACGCAGAGAUGCUCACUUCCUGGAGGGUGAACGACCACAAAUUCACCCCGCUGCUCUGCGAGAUCUGGGACGUGCAGUGAGGCACGGCGAGCAGGGAAGAAGAGAUGGACGUUCCAGCAGGGGAGCCAGUUAGUACUGCGGGAUUCAGUUCCUGAACAUCCCAUUCGCUUUGGUUGUGCCUGACUUUAUUAGCAGGUUAUGGUAACAUAUGCGUAUUAUAACAGAUCUUUUUUUAUGUUCAAGCUUUAUUACUGAUAUUUGGCUUUAAAGCAAACAUUAGAAAUACUCUUUUUUUGCCUUUUGGGGGUUAUUUUAUAAAACAAAUUGAUGAGUCAAAGAAGUACAAACACUGGAAAUUAUUACAAAGCCAAGAAGCAGGUUGUAAGAUAUUUAGAUUAGUGUUUUAUAAUGGCUUUGUUUUUUUGUGUGACACAUAAAAAGGUACAUUUUAUGUAUCCGCCUUAAUAUUUGACAUUUCCAGGGAAAGGUUUUACAUGGCAGCCUUUGUUAUACCACAGAGGAUACAUCACUGGAAACAAAUAAUAUACCCUAUUUCGUAUAAAAUGUGUGUAAAUCCAAUUGGAUUGCCUAAAAAAAACUUUCCAAAGAAUAAUCAAAUGCCAAAGUAUUUAUUUCCUUUAUGAAAUAAAUCCUUUAUUUAAUCUCAGAGAACGCAUUAUUUUUUAUUUAUGACUGUAGUUGACUUUGUAAGAGCAGGAACGUCUCAAUAAGAGGACUGUAACAUAUCAGACAAUUUUAUAAUAGCCAAUAAAAAUUGUUUAAUAAAGAUUUGGAACAAUU